CACAAAUGGGACGAUGAGGAUGUGGAUCGGCGCGAUGCUUGUUGGUAUCUUCGUCGCUGCGGAACAGGUCGAAGACAUGACAGCAACCAAUCGAGUGUACGGCACAAUCUGGCGAAAAGAUUUGCGAAUCACGGGAGCUCAACUGCUCGGAUCGUGCUUUCAAGGGUACGGCCUCUUUGGGUGCAGCAAUUACAACUCGACGUCGGAUCGUACGGGGGUGUCCAACCAAUUCCUUCCUUCGAUCUCGUACUGCGUCAACUGCUGCGGCAAUCCCACCGCCACUGGAACUGACGAGACGUGGGACUUGGUGUGUCCGCUGACUGCGCUGCAGCGAUCGUCAGUGAUCAACGACGCCGGCAAGCGAUUUGUGUUUGCAAGGCGGCAGACCGUCACCGACGAGUCCGUGGUCACGUGCGAGUGGCCGCAUCGCAACGCGUCGCUCUUCCUCGCCGGCUACGUCGUGGAGCUUAACGUGUCCAUGUACAGCGACAACCACGGGUGGUCGUUUUGGGUUGGCGUCGACAGUUGCGCCGUCUCAGCCGUCGAAUCCAGCGCCACGCCCAUCACGUUUCACGAGCGCAUUCGCAUGGUCACCACGCGGCCGCAGUACACUCCGUCGUCGACGUGGUUCAUCCUGCUAGCUGCGACAUUGGUCGCGGUGGCUUAUACGUCAUGGGUGGUCUACCGCGGGUACUUCAAAGGUGAACACUGCAUCAACUGCGCGUCCAAGUUCGUUGUAUGCAACUCGCUUUGCGCCAUGUGCAUGCUCUGUGGGUGCCGGCUCCACGCGCCGCCGCCCAAAGUGUUUUGCGCCGACACAUUCGUCGAGUCCUCGACCAACGCCACCCCGACAUGA